AUGAUGCUUAUACAAAUUCCAAUAAUACUUUUUUCAACAUUAUCAUAUGUAAUAUUUACAGAAUAUUCAACAUUUACUGCAACAAUGGUUAAAUCUACUGAUCAAAAAGCUGUUGAACUUGUAAUUAGAAAUAUUGUUUCAAUUACAUGUUAUAUAACAUUUGCAUGUCCAUUUUUUGUUUUCUUUUCUACAUCAAAAACGUUUAGAGAAGACGCAAAAAUGUUAUUUUUAUGCCAAAAAAUUAAUUUAUGGAGACCUAAUCAAAUUCAACCGUAUUCCAUAACUGUUCCGGGAAAUAUACAAUAUAUAUCAAUGAGAACUCAUCAAAUGCCAUCUUAUUUCACCACUAUGGUGAAGAAUAUAAAACCUAUCACAACUAAUGAAGAAUGA